CGAAGGAAAGAGAAGGGUUGGCUGGUUACUCCAGGAAACACAUCUUCAGACAGUAAGCCUUCAACUCUGAAGGAAAACGUGGCUUUGUACACAUCAAGCCAUGUGUUGGUAGGGUAACUUCCAACGUCUAGUCCAGAUGACGUGGAACUUACUGGACACAAUAACUGGAAGAUGGCAGACCUCGAAAUAGCUUUGGCUGUCAUCCUGACUGUAUUGGCCAUUGCUAUUCUGGCUAUUCUGAUAGCAAGAUGGACACGUCGUAGACACAAUGAGGCGCGGGUCUGCAGAUACGCUUCAGAACAGAGUGCCGGGCUUCUGGACCAUGAGGAUGGUAUUUCUCGUGGAAGACACAAAAGAGGAAGAGGAUCCAGAUGCUCAUUUUCAUCAGAUAGCGCCGGAACCAUUGGACCUAUAAUGCAGUUCUCGGCGCCUAUCCCUGGAGCUACAGGACCUAUCAAACUGUCUCAAAAAACCUUCCUGCAAACUCCUGGCCCUAUUGUGCAAUGUAUGGACUCCAGUGCUGUAAUACCAGUGGACAUAUGUUGUCAACCCCCAUCAAUGAAGCCAAGCUGUUUUCAACAGCUGUCACUCAAGCCAAGCUGUUGUCAGCCUUGUAAUCCUUGUAAUCAGUGUGGCGCUUGUCAACAGGCAUUGAUGCCUAGCUACCAGCCUGAGUCAACUGUGCCCAUAUUACUUACACAGAGAACUGGAACAAAACGUGGACCACCUAUAAUACUGAAAAAGCAAUCAGAUUGCAAAGGCCAGAUGAUAAGACACGGAGGGAGCGUGAGCUUCCAGGAUCCCUGCGGGAACCCACUGAAGUGCUGCAAGGCAUGGAGAAGAUGCCAGUGUGAACACUGCUCUCCAAAGAGACGUGAACAACCCAUAUGGUGUGAAGAAGCGGCUCCUUCUACUCCUCCUCAACAGCAGCAGCAGCAGCAGCAGCAGCAUCCUCCACGAAGACAAGAUUCUCAAGUAAGGUUUGACCAAAGAAGCGAAAGUGAACUUGGCACCCAGCCCAUAUGUUAUGAAGAGCCAUUCCUUUUCAGAAGACUCGAGUCCCUGAUAAGGAAGAACCAAGACGGGAUAGUAAUAAAGCAGAAUGAAGGUGGCUUUCUGAUACAGAAGGCUGGGGAGCCCCAUCGGGAGACCCAACGGGAGCCCCAUCGGGAGGCCCAACGGGAGCCCCAUCGGGAGGCCCAUCGGGAGUCCCAACGGGAGCCCCCACCGGAACGCAGACAGUCAGGGAAGAGGUCAUCCAAGAAGUCAUCACAACCCCAAGAAACCGAUUCUGAUUCAAGUGCACCACAAAAUGCAGAGGCCGAUUCUCCAGCACCCGCAGAGCAAGCACCAUCUGAAGAAAAUCUAAGCGAAGGAGACGGAAAGAAACGCAAGAAAGAAAAGAAGAAAAAGAAGAAAAAAGACGGUUGAGAAAGGUGAAGGAGGAUAGGGCAAAACAUGGCCUCCAAUGUGAUCUCCCCAUCAGAUACAAGCCACAUCUACCCUCACCCUGGUGCAUCAUGGUUAUAAAACUCAUCCCUUCUAGACAUCAUCAUUUUCUGCUGUUCAGAAGUUUGCCCUUAUUACACCUCCCUGCCACAAUCUUCAUCUUCCAAAUUUUGCUUUAUUAGUCACAAUAUAUAAUCCAAUUAAGAAAUAAAAUGUCUUUGAUUA